AAACGGGUUAUGGAAACCGCCAAUAAAUUCGCUACAGCUUAGGUUAAAUAACAUCAAUGUGCAUCGUAGAUGCUGCUUGCACUGAGCGGAGACUAUCUCGUUUCUGGUUUCUAGAAAUGCGAAAGUAACACUUGUUCACAAAAUCUAAGUGUGUAUAUCCACUACAAGGCGGAUGCUGCGAUGCGCUGAAUUUAAUUUGCACGCCACCCUACUCUCUACCCAACAACCAAAGGUUUAAGCUGAAAGAUGGAGCGCUAGGGCUUAUAUAUUUUUCUAGUAAGCAAUCACAAUGAGUGAUCGUUCAAUCAGUGCAUCGUUUGCAAUUGUAUGUCUAAGUCUAGGUUGAACGAAGAGAUAUCGAGAUACUGAAGUUGCACCUUGUAAGUACCAGUCUCGAGCUUAUGUGCUUUCAUCAUGGAAGAGUUACAGUUAAGUUCCGUGCAUUCGCAGUGCAAUUAUCUGUUUUCGUUUGAAAAUAUAAAAUAUCAAAAACAAAGUACCGAAUCAGAGUUUAAACUUUUCACACGUAGAAAAGCUGCUAAUGAUUUUAAUGCAAAUUCUGAAUUGAUCUUAAACAAUCUCUGUGGAACGUUCCAUUCGGGCAAACUCACUGCGAUUCUUGGACCAUCCGGUUCUGGAAAAUCCUCUCUUUUGAACGUGCUAAGUGGAUUUCGCAAAGCAGAUGGUGUGAUACAGCUUAACGGUCAUCAUUUAGAAGGAACAAAGUUACGUAAUGUUGUAUCUUACACGGAACAAGAACUUUCACUCUGGAUGAACCUAACUGUAGAAGAGUCGUUGAGAUAUGCAGCGGAAUUUCAAAUGCCAUGUUCGGUGACGAAAGCUUCCAAGAAGUUCGCAAUAUCAGAGCAAAUUUUAUCGCUGGGAUUAACCAAAUGUAGCUCUACACUAGUCAGAAAUCUUUCCGGUGGUGAAUAUAAACGUCUGGCUAUUGCAUUAGAUCUUUUAUCGAACCCAAAGGUGAUGCUUCUGGAUGAACCUACGAGCGGGCUUGAUACCGUUGCCGCUUACCACGUAGUUUCUACGUUAAGGGAACUCGCCCACGAAGGGCGGAUCGUGGGCUGCGUGAUACAUCAACCCAACUCAGGAUUGUUGGCAAUGUUUGAUGAUUUAUAUUUGAUAUCUAAGGGUAGAUGUUUGUAUGGUGGACCCCUAGCGGAUAUGGUUUCUAGCUUUGAAACGGUCGGGCUCAAUUGUCCAUUGUCGCAUAAUCCCGCGGAUUUCGCUCUUGAGAUUGCUUGUUUAGAGGAAGAUGAGCGUGUUACAAAACUUAUACACAAUCAUCUCAAUGUAAGUAAUACCAGUCUGACAGCAUCUUCUGAACCCUAUGUGUUACGAGAAAACGAUUGUAAUUUUUGGAGACAAUUAAAGCUGCUUCUGGGGAGGUCAAUAAUUUGUACUCUUCGUGAUCCGACUCAAAUGAAAGCGAAAACCGCCAUCAGCCUAUUCGUAGGUUUACUAAUCGGAACCGCCUAUUAUGACAUCGGAAACAAUGCGGCUCGUAUCUUGUCCAACACAACGUUGUUUCAAUUUGUGCUGCACACCGUCAUGUUUAUUGCCUUGGGUUCAGCGGCCAUCGUUUAUCCGCUGGAGUCAUCGGCAUUCAUCCGCGAGUAUCGCCGUAAAUCGUACGACCUUUUCCCGUACUUUAUUUCCAAAGUAGUCGUGGAAAUACCGAUCCUCGUUUUAUAUGUCACCGUUCUUUCAACCGUUGCCUACGCAAUGACCUCACAACCUAUGGAACUGCAUCGCUUCGCCUACUUCUGGACCAUUUGCAUGCUGUUUGGGUGGAUCGCCCAAUCCUUGGGUUUGAUGCUUGGAUGUUUUUUCAAGCUUCAAAUGACGGCUGUGGUGGGCAGCAUAAGCAGUCUUAUAGUCAUUCUCCUUUCCGGAGUCUUUAUACAACCAGCUCAUAUGCCGCCGGUGAUCAAGUUGCUGAGCUUUCUAUCGUUCGAGCGGUAUGCCUUCGAAGGUUAUCUUCAUGUGAUCUACGGAAUGGGCCGCAAGGACAUGGAUUGCCCGGAAAUGUUCUGCUACUAUAACAAACUUCCGGUGUAUCUGAAGUCGCUUAAUCUGCCGGAGCUUGAUUUGAUGACCGAUUUUCUGGCACUCGUCGCAUGGGCUGUAAUGUUAACGGCUGGGUUCUACUUAAGUUUAAAACGACGCGCAGUUGCUACAAUUUGAUGACUGAUGGUAGAUUAGAGGUUUAAGGCAAGUAUCGAAACAAUUUCUACAACAUAAAUAAUGAAAAAAAUCAACUGUGAUAUUAUUACAUUCAUAAUUAUCGUAUUAGGCAUGCAUCAUAAUCUACAUUUGCAAACUACAAUCAAAAUUGUAACACCAAUGUUUUUCAAAAUCGAAAAACUCAAAUUUUGAAGCCUAAAAAUGUGUUGAUUUUUCAAAAAAUCCGUUGCCAUUUAUUCAUAUAUUAUUGAAUCGCAAAGCCUUUCGUUUGCAAUCUAGCUAUGAACAGUAGAUACUACAACAUCUCAACAUCUCAUCGAUACAAUGGUUCUUGGGUAAUAGUAUAUACCUCAAAAAAUGUGAUUGAAAUAUGAAUAUUUUGCGUGAAGGGCUAUAGAUUUGUUAGUUCUAAUUCACAAUAACAAACAAAAAACGUGGUUAUUUCAUUGUUCGCUUUAUUACACUCCCCCCACAAUUAUGGAACUCCCACAAUUACGGAUCACUUUUGUGUCUCAUGUUAUUUAACUCAGUUAAACUAACGGUUCGAAGGCAUGUAACAUUUUUGCAGUAAAAUAUGCCAUAUUUGCUAGCUUUGAAAACAGAAAACCUCGUUCUUAUUCCUAGAUUGAUGUGUUUUCUAUAAGCGUGAAAUAUUGUCUUCCAGAAUCUAUCAAAAUAUUUGUCGUUUUUCUCAACCAGCGUAAUUAGCACGCUCAUCAUUCAUAAGGUUCAUAUGUGAUAUAAUCGCUAAUUCUCGUGCAAAAAAUAACUUAUACACAAAGUUCAAGGUAAGUUCUGCACGAUUUAUCAAAAUAUUGAUGGUUAAUAACGAUUUUCCUGUAAAAACUAGUUAUUUUCUAAGUGUUCCAUAACAAGGCCCGAGACAAAAUAGUUCUCUAUAAAUAUGGAUCACUCUGAUUUUCACCAAUUAAAACACCCUCUCAAAUGUUAAUGAGCUCUGAACGGAAGCUGAACAGUGCUGAGUCUUUGAAAAAUAUUAUUUCCAAGGCACAAGGGACAGCAAAGCUACGUAAAACGGGAGACUGUUAUGAUAUACCGUAUACAAUGAUUCAUUGCUACCUUCGGGAGAGACAGACCUGGACUCUCGAUCUAACUUCAACCAUAAAGGCCACAUUAUGAUGAUCCAUAAUAUGAUGCAAAUUGUCCCAUAAUCAGAAACGUUCUCAAAAGUGAUCCAUAAUUGUGUAUCUGGUGAGUUAUGAAAUAAAUAUAUUUUCUGAGAAAUAUUCACAAAACAUGAAAAUAAAUUCUCAAUGAAGUGAAAGAUUACAUAUUUCUGUGACUGAAAACAUUUAUAGAUUACUUAUAGAAAAUAAAAUUGGUCAGAAAUGAUUUUUUGAAUUCAUACACCUUCUCAAGUGAUCCAUAAUUGUGGGGGGACUGUACGUCAAUUAAUUAAAACUUCUCCCAUUGUAUUUGAAUGGGCUACGUCUGCUAUUUAAUAUUAUAGGCCUUGUGAAGUUAUACAGAAACGCAAUACUAUUUUUUAGUCAGAGAGCAUUUUAUUGUACUGAAAAUCAACUAAGUCCAAGUAUACUAAGCCCUGAAGAUAUUGUCACCCGUGUCGUUUGGUGCCGUUUGGUGAUGUAUGAGCCAGAGUUAACGACAACUUUGAAAACAGUGAAUAUUGAAUAGGGAGGUAAGUUGAUAGAGAGUAGCCUUAACCAAUGGGAAUUAGAAAAACAGUGGUUUGGCGCGCUCACGUCACUCACUCUCAAUAUGGCUUGCGUUUUUUUAUAAUAUAUGAGUACGGGAGACUAUUAAAGAGAGAAAAUAGGAGAGAACAACGAAAAAUAUGAAGUGUUUUGCUGCUAUCGUUAGAGAGGUUACUUACUGUGCAACGCACGUACUGUUUAAAUAAAUAAUUACGUAGGUCAGUCGGUGAUCAAUUCGAGAAAACAUUCGAAAUGUUGUUCAUCGCCCGACAUAAACCGUAAAGUGCCAAAGGAAAUCAAUUUCUCGAAUUUCGUUCACGGUAGGUUUCAAAACUUUCGUUUCCUCAAAAAAAGUUUCCAUGACAAAUUCCAGCUCAAUCGUGCUGGGAUUUUGAUAGAACCAGAUAUAGUCAUAAAACUCCAUUCCCACAUCGAUAAAAUCUUCCGUUGCAAAGUCUGAAAUACAUAGUAUAUUCCUUCACCGAAAUAAAGUUCGGAUUCUGGACACGAAAUAAGUAGGCAACAAACAAAAGGUAGCGAUAAAGGUAUCCUUUCUUGGUAACUAACGGCUGACAACUAACGCGUUAUAUGAACUUAAAGCAAAGAAAACAAAAGAAACGUCAGAACUCGGCCAAAGUCGGAGGUUCUAGUCUCUAAGCCAGAGUUAGGGACUAAUAAAGCUCGACUUGGGCACGAGUCCGAUAUCUAGACCUUCAACAACCACAAGAAGUAGAAGUGCGCGCGUGUGUUUUGUAUAAUCGGAAAAUUAGUGAUAUAAACAAAGCACAUGCGAGUGAUAGGUAUAGAAUUUAGAGGUUGGAAGUUAAAAUGAGGAAGUAAAGAAAGUUAGAAGGAGUAGUUAAAAGUUAUUUCCGAAGUAAGUUUGUUCACGCAAAAGUUCAAGCUUUAAUCAUUCAAUGUGUCCUUUCAAUUCGCACAGAAUUUGCUCUGACUUCGCACAACCAAUGCGUGAUACGCAUAACGCAAAAGUUGUACAAGGAAUACAUUGACAGAGAUCAAAAUCAGAAUAUGUAUCAUAUACACAAAAAUCGUAAUGUCUCGGUAAACUUCGGCUUCGGGCGAACGAUCAGUUUCGAGGCACUCAAAAAACCGUUCUUUACUUUCGCGAGCCGGUGCGUAUCAACGGCUCGUGCAUCCCUAAAAAUCGUCAGCAACCGAAACAACCAAUGGCGAGCCUUGUUGCCGCUGAAGUUAUUGAUGCUGGUGCCAGUCACGCAGAACCGAAUGCAUGU